AUGCCUGCCGAGCCACUCUGGCAGCUGAGCUGCGAGGGCCCGGUGUUGAGCACGGUCUAUGCGCAAGAGGCGAAGUCUCUGGUGACGCUGACGGCCUGGCAGCUGCAGUCCUGGGACCUCGAGUCGAAGCUUCCGCGCUGCGGCCUGCGCGGCGAGGGAUGCUGGCAGGCCUUGACCUAUGCGCGCCACCUGCGGAGUGUAGCGGCCGGCGCAAGGGAUGGCACAGUGACUGUGUGGGAUGUCACCAGUGGUGCUGCAACGAGGGAGCUAAGCUGUGGAAGUGCCGUUGCCUGCAUUGACUAUGCUGAAGCCAUCAAGGCUGUCGUUACCGGGGAGGAGAACGGCACGAUCAUACUGUGGGAUCUGACGCGAGGGCUUCAGCUUGCCGUGCUCUGGUGCAAAGCCACAGUACACACCAUUGCAUAUUGGUUUAUAGCUCCUUACAUCCGCGACAUCCCGCAGCUCAACAACGGAGAGAUCAUGCCGAAGCUCAUCCCGGCGAGUGAGAAUGGGACCAUGGGCAGAGCCGUGGUCACUGGAGAUUCGGCGUUCAAGGUCACGGUGUGGGACAUCGAGACGUCGAAAGCCCGGAAGACCUUCGACUGCUCCAGCAACGUGCUGGCCGUUGCCGCGUCGCCCUUCCUUGGCUUGGUCGCCGCCGGCGAGGCGAAUGGAAGGGUCACGUUGUGGGAUGUCGAGAUCGAGUGUGCUCUCCACCGCUACGAGGGUGGGGCGGUUUCUGCUCUGGCCUUCGUUUCCCAAAGCUUGGAGGAGCAGACCUUGGUCUCAGCGGAGUGCUACAGAGUCGUCUCCUGGGACAUGGACACGGGCCAGUUCCAGUCCCGGAACCUGAAGCUUCCGACCUCCUGCAUCGCGGCGCGGUGCAUCUGCUUCAUGCCGCCUUCAGCUGGGGAGGACGCCGCGGAGGCCGUCGUGCUUGUUGGUGACAGCUCUGGCCGGCUUGCUGCCUGGCCCUGGCAGCGCCUGCAGCCGCUGAGAGGCCACGACGAGAAGCGCUGCGGCGAUGGCUUCCGUGCGAGUGAUCUCACUCGCAUCCCUGCGGCACAGUCGACGAAGAGGCAGGGACAAGGUAGUAUGUUUGCUGCUGAGAAGAGGGGGAAGCCUUGCCAUGAUUCUUGCUUCGCCAAAUCUGCGAAGCCUGGCGAUGAAAUCUUUGCUGCAGCAUUCGGCUGUCCGAUGAGCCAGUUAGGCAUGUAUUCGAACCUCAUGGACCCCAUGACCGUGCGGUGGCUUGCCGGGAAGUGA